CGGGCGGGCUCGGCGGCCGGAUUCAUUUGUCAGUGCGCCUGCGCUCGGGGCGGGUGCCGAGGUUCUCCACUGCAGCGCCUGCCGCGGGGUGUAGCCAUGCAGAGAUCCGACUCCGAGCAACCUUCAAAGCGCCCCCGAUGCGAUGGCAGCCCCAGAACUCCACCAAACCCUGGCGCAGGGACGGACAGGCCCCCAGUCCUGGAACUCCAUCCCGACCACCGGACCUGGGACCCGGAGCAGGUGUGCUCCUACUUGGGGCACUGUGGCUUUGCAAAACCGGGGCUGCUGAAAAGCUUCCGAGAUAAUAAAAUCACAGGCUCAUUACUGCCCUUUCUCGAUGAGUCUCUCCUUGAAAACCUUGGAGUAAGUUCCUUGGGGGAGAGGAAGAAGCUGCUUAAUUAUAUCCAACGAUUGAGUCAAACUCAUACUGAGGCAAUGAAGGUAAUUAACGAUCCUAUCCAUGGCCAUAUUGAGCUGCACCCUCUUCUUGUGCGAAUCAUUGACACACCUCAGUUUCAGCGGCUUCGAUAUAUUAAACAGUUGGGAGGUGGCUACUAUGUUUUUCCAGGAGCUUCACACAAUCGAUUUGAACAUAGUCUAGGGGUAGGGUAUCUAGCAGGAUGUCUAGCUCGUGAACUGUGUGAAAAACAACCAGAACUGCAGAUAAGUGAGCGAGAUGUGCUCUGUGUUCAGAUUGCCGGGCUUUGUCAUGACCUUGGUCAUGGGCCAUUUUCUCAUAUGUUCGAUGGAAGAUUUAUCCCACUUGCUCGACCAGAGGUGAAAUGGACGCAUGAACAGGGGUCAGUUCAGAUGUUUGAGUAUUUAGUUAAUUCUAAUGGACUCAGAGCUAUCAUGGAACACUAUGGUCUAAUCCCUGAGGAAGAUAUUUGUUUUAUCAAGGAACAAAUUGCAGGACCACUUGAGUCACCAGUCAAAGAUUUUUCGUGGCCAUAUAAAGGACGUCCCAAAGAGAAAAGCUUCCUUUAUGAGAUAGUGGCUAAUAAAAGAAAUGGCAUUGAUGUAGACAAAUGGGAUUAUUUUGCCAGGGACUGCCAUCAUCUUGGAAUACAAAAUAAUUUUGAUUACAAGCGCUUUCUUAAAUUUGCCCGCGUCUGUGAGGUGGAUAAUAAAAAACAUAUUUGCACUAGAGAAAAGGAGGUUGGCAAUCUGUAUGACAUGUUCCAUACACGCAACUGUUUACACCGCAGAGCUUAUCAGCAUAAAGUCGGUAACAUCAUUGAUACUAUGAUUACAGAUGCUUUCCUCAAAGCAGACCCCUACAUAGAGAUUAUAGGUGCUGAAGGGAAAAAAUAUCACAUUUCUACAGCAAUCGAUGACAUGGAAGCCUUCACCAAGCUGACAGAUAACAUUUUUCUGGAGAUUUUACACUCUACUGAUCCCAAAUUGGAUGCUGCACGAGAAGUUUUAAAAAAUGUUGAAUACCGCAAUCUGUACAAAUACGUGGGUGAGACCCAGCCUGGGAGACGCAAGAUUAGAAGGGAAGAGUAUGAACACCUUCCGAAAGAGGUUGCUGACUCUAAACCUAUGGAUUUGGUCCUGGAGGCUGAAAUGAAAGCUGAAGAUUUCAUAGUGGAUGUUAUCAACAUGGAUUAUGGAAUGGAAGACAAGAAUCCAAUUGAUCAUGUUCACUUCUAUUGUAAGAGUGACCCUUGCCAAGCAAUCAAGAUUACUAGAAAUCAGGUCUCACAGCUUCUGCCGGAGAGAUUUGCAGAGCAGCUCAUUCGCGUAUAUUGUAAGAAGAAGGAUGAAAAGAGUUUGUUUGCAGCAAAACAGCACUUCGUUCAGUGGUGCGCAGCCAAUGACUUCACAAAGCCACAGGAUGGUGAUAUUGUAGCCCCCCUUAUAACACCUCGAAAACCAGAGUGGAAUUACACUGUAGCUCACCCGCCAGAAGCAUCCAGAUCCAGGGUCCAGCUGUUUAAGGGUGACUCUGCGGUGCGUAACGAUGAGUCCACGUUGCUUGAGGACACCUCGAUGUGAAUGUCUGCAGUUGGUUGUUUACAAAAAGCCCUCUCGCAACACAAGUUGGGGGAUUUAACCAUAGAGUUCCAUAAACUUAGUAACUGGUGCUUUUUAUUUUGUAUUUUGAAUGUAUACACAUCCUGAAGGUAAGUAAUUCUUAAAAAAAAAUUUAUUAGGCAAAUCUUGUUACACAUAUUAUGAAAAGAAUUACUGUGCCUAUUUUUAACAUUACUAACCUUUCUCCUUUAGUAGUCUUAUUUUCUUAGAAUAACAACUUUUUAAAAUCUAAUCUCUUAUGACCAGUGAUUGUUUUCUUUCUUUUUAUUUAGAAAUACGGAAUUGUCAUGAGCAGACAUAGUUAAAAAGAAAAAUCCUAGCCCCUAAGGAGGUGCCCAUCACCCCAAGUUUGAGGUUAUUGCUCCUCAGGGGAUCAAAGGAAGGACCCUCCCAUCAUUCUCCCACCCCCAUAGGCUACCAGGUUGGGGGAAACAGGAGGAGGUGAGGAGAUCUAAGCGCCACCUCUUGGGUGAGAGGACCUGAGAGUUCAGACCUCAUUUUUCUGCCUCUGUGGUGCUGAGGGUGGAACCCGGGGCCUCUUGCAUGUUGGGCCAGCACUGUACCGCUGAACUGAGCCACAUCCCCAGUGCAGACCUUCUCUUAACUAGAGCAUAAAGCUCCCUCUUAGGAGACCACAAAGCAGAGGGAUCCCUCAGACGAGGCUGCUGUCUCAGUCCGUUGUAGCCCCAGACCCGGCAGUUUUUCUCCCUCUUGAGUCCUCACUGCCCCAGCCGAAGGGCCUCACCUCUGCCCAGCCUACAGUCGACCGUCCACCCUGUGCCCGCUCUCUCAGCCUGCCCAGUGAGUGGCUUGGAAUAUCACAAGGACUGUCCUCAGGACCACUCACCUGGGCCUGUUUUUGCUGGUUCAGUGCAUUUUACAGAUUUUAAAGCAGACUGGAUUGCACUGCCUUCGUUGAGGCUAAGAGGAGAUCAGAACCAGUUUUCCCUUGGUAACUUGAUUCUUCCAGCCAUGGGAUGGGUAUCACCCUGGUUAAGCAGGGCAGCUGUACCCGGGAACCUGCCCCAUUCCCCACAAGGUAUAGAAAUUCAAGAAUAAGGUCCAGAAUUGGAGCCAAAGGGGAUGGUGAGCAAUUGGUGACCAGAAGAUGCUGGAGGUGCAGGGCAGUGGGGACAGAGACUAGGAGCCCCUCAUUUCUUACACAGUGUUGUGCCAUCGCUUUGCACUGUGUAACUAGACUCUGUCCCGCCCACUCUCAGUGCAGUGUUUGGGUCUGCCCUCCUGUGUUAAGGUGCCCGCUCUUCCUCAGUGCAGAAGCAGGGCGACUGUCUUUCCUAGGAGCGUAGGCAGGACUGUCCUGUCCUCUCUCGCCCCAUGCUGUGUGUUUGGGGACGCUCAUUAACGCACAAGUGAGGCUCCGGCCUGUGUCUGCCGAGCCAAGCACCUCUAACACAUCAA